AUGGCUCGCCAAUGUGGUUAUGGAGCCACAUAUCAGCGGCUAAUGAAUAAGAUUUUCCAGCAGCAAAUAGGCCGAAAUAUAGAAGUUUAUGUUGAUGAUAUGGUCGCCAAAACAAAGCUUGGCGACUCUCAUAUCCAAGACCUAGCUGAAAUCUUCGGACAGAUCCGACGAUACAACAUGAGGCUAAAUCCAGAAAAAUGCGCCUUCGGAGUGCAGGGAGGAAAAUUCCUCGGAUUCAUCCUCACAAGCCGAGGAAUUGAAGCAAAUCCAGAAAAAUGUCAAGCAAUACUCACCAUGCAAAGCCCAUCCACAGUAAAAGAGGUUCAACGGCUAACAGGACGAUUAGCCGCUUUAUCUAGAUUUCUACCAUGCUUAGCACCUAAAUCGUCAAAUUUCUUUCAAUGUUUAAAAAAGAAAGCAAAGCAUUUUGAAUGGAAUCAGGACUGUGAAAUGGCUUUCCAGAAUUUAAAAGAAUUUCUUUCAAAACCCCCUGUCUUACAAAAACCAAAAUCUGGUGAGCCGUUAUACAUAUACUUAUCCAUUACUGACACUGCUAUCAGUUCUGCACUUGUAACAGAAACAGAUCGGAACCAACAGCCAGUCUAUUUUGUGAGCAAGUCCUUACAAAACGCCGAGCUUCGCUACCCAAGGUUGGAAAAACUUGCCUUAGCACUAGUAUUCUCAUCAAGACGCCUCCGACCAUAUUUUCAAAGCCACACAAUCAUCGUCAGAACAGGACAACCUUUACGGCAGGUUCUUUCAAAACCCGAAUUAGCAGGAAGACUAAUUAAAUGGGCUAUUGAGUUGUCAGAAUUUGACAUUCAAUAUCAGCCACGAGGGUCGGUCAAGUCCCAAUACCUAGUUGACUUUGUCGCCGAACUUACGGAACCAUGCUCGGACACAUCAAUUCCAACCUGGACCUUGUUUGUAGACGGGGCUUCCAACCCUCAAGGCGCUGGCGCUGGAAUACUACUCGAAAAUUCAGAUGGGAUAGUCCUCGAGCACUCCCUCAGAUUCUCAUUCAAGGCUAGCAAUAACCAAUCCGAGUAUGAGGCCCUCAUCGCAGGGCUCAGGUUAGCAACCGAUCUUCGUAUUGAUAAUUUAAGGGUUUACUGUGAUUCAUUAUUAGUCGUCCAACAGUCAACACUAGAUAAGCCGAGUAUUGAUACACAUAACGUUCUAAACAUUGUUGAUAACGAUAAUUGGCAACAACCUUACAUUCAAUACCUCCGUUCUGGAACAAUCCCGAGUCACAUUGACAAUAAAGGGCAGACGCCGAACUUGUUUUGUCCGAAGCACACGAAGGAAUUUGUGGAAUACACUCUGGAGCUCGAAGCCUGUCACAGAAAAUCCUCCGAGCCGGGUUCUACUGGCCGACGAUAUGGGAAGAUAGCAAACACAAGGUCAGAACAUGUGAUAAUUGUCAGCGGCAUUCGCCGACCAUUCAUCUACCGGCAGAGCAUCUUCAUCAUUCAACGAUUUGGCAUACCGAGUAAUAUUACAACUGACAAUGGCCGUCAAUUUAUCGACCAAAGUUUUAAAGCUUUUUUGCAGAAUCUUAAAAUAAAACAGCAUUUUUCUUAUGUCGAACAUCCACAGUCAAACGGAUUAGCGGAGGCUGCUAAUAAGGUCAUUCUCCAAGCUUUAAGGAAAAAGCUCGACAACGCAAAAGGACUAUGGGCCGAGCUUGUACCCGAAGAAAGUCCAUUCCGUUUGGUAUACGGAUCUGAAGCUAUGAUCCCUAUAGAAGUCUCACAUGGCUCAAUGAGGACGAUAGCUAAAGAACAUGAUCAAGCUCGGCAAGCAGACCUCGAUUUAAUCGAAGAAAUACGAGAAACAGCAGCCAUUCGACACCGAGCACUACAGCAACAACUCAGCCGACGAUAUGGGCAGAAGGUGAAACCAAGGUCCUUCAACACUGGUGACUUGGUACUCAGAAAAACAGAACAAGCCCGCCGACCUCCUUCCCAUGGAAAACUUGCAGCAACAUGGGAAGGUCCGUACAAAAUAUCAGAAGUCCUCGGACGAGGGGCAUACAAGUUAGAAGACAUAAGUGGCACUAAAUUACCUAACACAUGGAAUGUUGGCUCCCUAAAGCGAUAUUACAGUUAG